ACGGUAUGCUCUGCUGUGAGCAUCGUAGAGCGUAAAUAUCUUCAUCGCGAAUUCUACUUUGCUAUCGCUCUUGAUCGUGCUUCCGCUGGUCCGGUUAUUAUCGCCAGCUCUCAGGGGGGUGUCAAUAUUGAACAAGUCGCUGCUGAAAAUCCCGAAGCUAUCAUUAAGCUUCCGAUCGAUAUCGUGGAUGGUCUCUCCAUGGAAACAGCUAAGAAGCUGGCUGCUGAUUUGGGUUUCAAUUCGGCAAAGACUCAACAAGAAGCUGCCGAUAUUUUUACUAAACUCUACAAGCUUUUUACUGAUACGGAUGCCACUCUGGUUGAGAUCAAUCCAAUGGCUGAAGACAAUGUUGGCAAAGUUCUUUGCAUGGAUUGCAAAAUGACCUUUGAUGACAACGCGGAGAAAAAGCAGCCAGAAAUAUUCGCACUUCGAGAUUGGUCACAAAUGGAUGAACGAGAUGUGAGAGCCGCGAACGCCGAUCUGAACUAUAUUGGCCUCGAUGGUAGCAUUGGUUGUCUUGGUACGCAAGUUUAUUCGAUCGGAUUGGAAUAG